AUUUUUACUAUUACUUUAUUCGAGUGUUCUGCUAUGAAUUAAAGAGCCGUUUGUUUAGGAGGAAUCGGAAUCGGGAUUUGGAUUCGGAAUCGAAUGAACCGUUUGGUUAAUGGGAUUCACCAUUCCGGGGAAUGUCUGAUUCCAAAAGAUCCAAUCCCCCCCUCCCCCUAUGGAUUCGACUGAAUCCCGGCUGCUGAAUCUUUUCUAUUUUUUUUCCUUAUUCUCUCUUUCCUUCAUCGGGUUAUUUUCUCAUCUUUAUCCCUCUAUUCCUUCACUCCCCUCUUCUCUCUCUCUCUCUCUCCUUUUUCUCUUCUUCAUUGUUCCUUCAUCACUAACAGAUCAGUGAAGAGUUCAGCAAAUCAAACCUUUGGCUUUUGUAAGCUCCCGCCAUGACCCAAAUUUCUUCCUACCCCCAUGCCCCAAAUUUUGUACCCUUGAAGUUUCAUCAAAGAUUCAACCCAAUAUUUUUUAGAGAUCAAGUGUACCCCAGCAUGGGUGUAUUUAUUUGUAUCUAAAGGAGACUAAUGCUAGACAAUAACCUACGGUGAGUUACUACUUUCUUCUAAUUUCCCUUACAUUUUUUUUUCCAUUGUCUCCGAAGUUGUAUUUUCUUACCUUCCAUUAGCUUAUAAUCUAUUUGGUUUACAAUUGAAAAGUGCUUUUUUCCUUUUAAACUAUAGGAGAUAUGAUUUUUGUUCAACUAUUUGGAAGUACAAGUGAUUCAACCCUUUUGACUUACAUUUCAUUUUCUUAUAAAUAUAGAUGGCACGGCUACCUUUGACAAGUAGAAGACGCAUAGCUCAAAUCUCCUUCAUGUAUUUGAUUGUAAUAAUAGUAACUUUCAUGAUGUGGCUUGCCACUGCUCAUGUUUACUUUAAUCGGAAGAUUCCUCAAGUACUUUCUAAUAGAAAAAUGGGGAAAAAGCGUAAGCAUUAGCUCUUAAGACUUACAAAACAUAGUGAUGUUUAUUGUAUUAGUCAACUGCGUAUGGAUCGUCGGACAUUUGGUAUAUUAUGUGAACUGCUAAGAGAUGUUGGGGGUUUAAAGAACACCAAAAAUGCCUCUAUAGAAGAAAUUGUUGCUCAAUUUGUGUACACUUUAGUUCAUCAUGAGAAAAAUAGGACAAUUGGGACUACAUUUUAUCGAAGUGGAGAAACAGUGAGCAGACACUUUCACCUUUGCCUAAAAACGGUCUUGCAGUUAUCUGACAUUCUUCUUAAAAAGCUUGAACCAAUUCCUGAUGAUUGCCAAGAUGAGAGGUGGAAACCUUUUAAGGGAUGUCUUGGUGCCUUAGAUGGUACGUUCAUUGCAGUAACUCCCCCGUCUAAAGAAAAGGGACGAUAUUGUACAAGAAAGGGAAGCACUGCGACUAAAUUAUUAGGUGUUUGUUGUCCAAAUAUGCAAUUCAUUUAUGUCUUGUCUGGUUGGGAGGGAUCUGCACAUGAUGGCCGUGUACUUCGAGAUGCCAUCCACAGGCCAAAUGGUCUUAAAGUACCUUUAUUCAAUAUUAAAGGUAAUUAUUACUUGGUGGAUGCGGGAUACUGCAAUGCAGAGGGAUUUUUGUCUCCUUUUAGAGGGCAAAGGUAUCACCUAAAAGAAUUUGAUAAUCACCGGCCAGAAACCGCAGAAGAGUAUUUUAACAUGAAACACUCAAAAGCAAGAAAUGUUAUAAAAAGAUGCUUUGGUUUGCUCAAGGGGAGAUGGAAAAUACUUGCUUCACCUUCGUUUUUUGAAAUUCGUACACAAGUACGAAUAAUUACAGCAUGUUGUCUUCUUCAUAACUUGAUUAGAAGAUACAUGAGUUAUGAUCCACAGGAGUUAAUUCCUAAUGAAGAAGAAAGUGAAGAUGAGGAAAGUCAGGAUGAAGAUGAAGUUGAGUACAUUACAACCAUUCAGCCGAGUGAUAAAUGGGCAUCUUUUAGAAACAAUUUAGCGAGUGGAAUGUUCAAUAACCGAAGACAACGAGCUAAUGCUUAAUAGUUGUUGAAGAGACUUCUUUUGGUGAUGUAGGUUACCGAAGUAAGUUAUUUUGUUGGUGAUAUUAGUCAACUAUGUAACCUUACUUUGGUUAUUAUUUUGAUAUCUUAGUUCUUAACUUUGCUUAGUGGCAUUUUUGUUGCUGUUGAUCAAGUACGAAAAUGGUGUAUAUUGGUAUUAUGUUUAACAAUGACUAUUGAAGUAUUGUGAAUAUUUUGGUUAGACAAAGCAAGUUGUUUACUUCCAUUGAAAUAGGAAUGUAUAUUUGGCAAUGUAGUUUGCUUUUAUGUAUAUUUACAAGUGUGUUUCUUUUGAAACUAGAUUUAUAAAAAUAUCCAUUGUUAA